UCUUCCUUUCUUAUCUGCAGAAACUACCAAACCCGCCAUCUCUUGUUCUCCAUCUCCUUCUUCUUGGUCUCUUCUCUCUCUAAAAACUACCAAAUCACACCCGCUACAAAAUAAACCCAGAUUCAAACCCAAAAAGAAAAUUUGCAAACCCACAAGCUUCUCAAAUAUAGAUUCAAUAUAGAUGCAAUCUCAAAUCUACAAACCAAAUCCACCACCUCUUCUUCUCCAUCUCCUUCUUGUUUCUUUCUAUCUAUAAAAACUACCAAACCCACCAUCUCUUCUUCUCCAUCUCCUUCUUCUUCCUCUUUUCUCUCUCUAAAACUACCAAAUCACACCCACUAGAAAAUAAACCGAGAUUCAAACCCAAAAAGAAAAAUGGCAAACCUACAAGUUUCUCAAAUAUAGAUGAAUCUCAAAUCUGCAACAAAUCACAUAAAGACCCACAUAUCUAAUAAAAUCUCAAACCAAAUGAAUUAAUUUUCCGUCUAAUCUGGUUGUUUAUGAGUCCGAUCGAGUUGCACAGUGCUAGAUCAUGGUUGAAUCUGCCGUCCGGGCGGCAAAGCAUGUUGUAAGCUUGCUUGAAGUUUGAUAUGAGGAUCCAUAUAUUCAGUGAAAACACUCUCUGUAAAGAACCAAAGAUUUUGAAGAUGAUGAUGAGAAACCAAUCAAUCAAACGGGCUGAAAAGAAAAAGUAGGAAGAAGAAGGAAAAAAAAAAAAACACCAAAACGAAGUCAUUUUGGAUGCGCGGUGGGGAAGGCCGCAGGAAAGUGUGGCCGACGAUCCGAACUCGUGCUCACUCUGCUCUACAGCAUCAAAUUUAGGAAGCAGACAUGGCAAGCACCUCUCUUCUUGUCAUUCUUAAACUGCUGAUGAUCUUAUUAUGUGCUGGUUGGAUUUCACUUUGGCUUCUCAAACCCACAGAUUUAUGGGCAACCAAAUGGAAAGGAUCUGAAGAUAAUGCAUCAAAUACUGUCUUCGGCUACAAUGGGCUUGAUUUGGCUGUCUAUACAUUUCCUGUUAUUGCUGUGGCUAUAAUUGGAUUUAUUUACUUGGAAUUAAAACCAAAGGAUCAAAGAAGCAGACAAGCAAGAAGUCCAGUAAAAGGUCUCUCAAAUCCACUCAUUGUCAACAGUUAUUUGGGUAUCUUCUCCACAAUUGAGAUUCUUGCUGUACUACUCUUCAUCCUCUUCCUAACAUGGACUUUCUAUGCCCACGUCUCUAAUGAUUUCAAAAAAUUUAUGCCAGUCAAGAACUUGAAAUUGAACAUGUGGCAAUUCAAAAUUUACAAGAUGUCAAUCCGGUUUGGCUUGUUGGCAGAAGCCAGCCUGGCACUGCUGCUUCUGCCUGUCUUAAGGGGUCUGGCAGUAUUUCGUUUACUCGGCCUCCAGUUUGAAGCUUCAGUAAGAUACCAUGUCUGGCUUGGGACUGCUAUGAUACUUUUUGCCACCUUGCAUGGUUCAGGCACCAUCUUUAUAUGGGGUCUCAAACACCACAUUCAGGAUGAGAUGUGGAAAUGGCAGAAAACAGGCCGCAUAUACCUUGCUGGUGAGAUUGCUCUUGUUACAGGGCUAGUCAUCUGGAUCACAUCACUUCCGCAAAUAAGAAGGAAACAGUUUGAAAUAUUCUACUACACACACCAUCUUUACAUAGUCUUCUUAGUAUUUUUCUUGUUCCAUGUUGGAGAUAGGCAUUUCUACAUGGUUUUCCCCGGGAUUUUUCUCUUUGCCCUUGAUAAGCUACUCCGGAUCAUACAAUCAAGACCACAAACUUGCAUACUUUCCGCACGAGUCUUCCCCUGCAAAGCUAUGGAGCUUGUUCUGCCCAAAGACCCAAGAUUGAAGUAUACUCCAGCAAGUGUGAUAUUCAUGAAAAUACCAAGCAUAUCUAACUUACAGUGGCACUCCUUUACUAUAUCUUCAAGCUCUAGUGUUGAUGAGCACACCAUGUCUGUUAUAAUGAAAUGUGAAGGAUGGUGGACAAGCUCUCUAUACAACAUAGUACAACAAACUGAGCUAGGCUCUGAUCCUAAUCAAAUGAAGUGUAUCCCAGUUUCAAUUGAAGGGCCAUAUGGACCGGCUUCACUGGACUUUCUAUGUUACGAUAGUCUACUCCUGGUUGCGGGAGGAAUAGGGAUAACACCAUUUCUAAGCAUUUUGCAAGAAUUUGAGCUUGGUCAAAGUAGUGGCAGAAAUAGACUUCCUGCACAGAUGCAACUUAUUUAUGUUGUGAAGAAGUCCCAAGAUGUGUGCCUUUUGGAUUCAGUUUUUCCUUUGUUGCUGAACCAAGCGGCAGAACAAUUCCAUCUGAAACUCAAAGUGUUCGUAACCCAAGAGAAAUCUGGUUCAACUCUUCCGGAACUACUGAAUGAGUUUUCUCAAGUGGAAACCAUAAACUUCGACACCCAAUUUUCAAAUUAUGCCGUACAUGGACUCGAGAAUUUACUCUGGAUGGCUGUCAUUGUUGGGUUUUCUUCAAUUAUGUUCCUCAUUGUUCUUUGUUGCUUCAACUGUGCCUAUAUCCAUCCUGCUAAAAAGGCAUAUCCCUCUUCAAUAAUUGAUCUCUUUCUUAUCUGUUCUUUUGCUAUCGCUAUCAUAUGUGGCACCUUGGUGGCUAUUAUGCUAAGAUGGAGAAAGAUAAAGAAGGAGCUUCCACCCCGCCCACAGAAACACAGCAGAGAAAUCAAACCAAAUUCCAUGGAAACAAGUCAUGCUCUUGAGGAACAUGAAAUUUAUUUUGGAGGAAGGCCUAAUUUCCAAGAUGUAUUUUCCCAGUUUCAAAACGAAACAGGCGGAUCUGAUAUAGGGGUAUUGGUGUGUGGACCUGAAACAAUGAAGGAGUCGGUUGCUUUAACGUGCCAGAUGAAUUCUGAAGGUGGUAUCAGGGUGUUGGAUACUCAUAGAAAGAAGCCAUACUUCAGUUUCCAGUCUCUAAAUUUCACACUCUAGGUACAGGUGACUAUUUGAAUUAUAUGGGAUGGGGGGAACUAGUAGAGAUAUCAUGCUGUGCAAUUACUUCUUUCACCCCUAGAUCACAUAAAAACAAGUUUGGUAUUGCUUGAAUUAGAUGGGAUGGGGGGAUUUGUAGAGAUAUCAUGCUGUGCAAUUACUUCUUCCCCCCCCAGAUCACAUAAAUACAAGUUUGGUAUUGCUGUAUUAUAUGCCGUUGAGUUGGUCAUUUAAAUCUUCAAAAUAAUGACCUAGGCGUUUGAUUUCAUUUCACUAAAAAAUGUAUAUAUAUAUAUAUAU